CACGCCCAGCCCACACCCACAGUUUGCUUUAGGAAGAUGGCGACUGGAAAUACUUGGUGGGCAGAAGAGAGCGAUGAUAGACCUCUCUCCGGUCGGCAGGCCGAGGUGGACGUGGACGACACGCUCCCAGAGCCCAUCUACAUCAAGAACUCUGAUUUGGCGGAGAUGAGGCGAUAUAUGAACCGCCUAGACGUCGAUGAUGAUGUGUUCUCUGGAGAUGAGGAAGAUGAGGAGGGCAAUCUGAACCUGACUGCACCACCCCUAGAGUCGUGGUUCCAUGGCAGAAUCAGUCGGCCAACAGCUUGCGAGCGACUGGAAUUGAUGGGCAAGACAGGCUGCUACCUUGUCAGAGAGAGUAUCCACGAGCCCUCUGUGUACAUCCUCUGCUAUCUCAGUCACACAAGUCAUGUGCACCAUUUCAAGAUCCACUCAAACUGCGGAGACUAUUAUAUCGGAGGGAGGCAGUUCCUGUCGUUAGGUGACCUAAUCGGUUUCUAUGCCAACUGCUCGUGUAUUCUUGAGAAUGAGUCGCUGGAGAUGCCUGUAGUUCCUCCGAGGCCUGUUACACUGUACAUGAUGCUAAAGGCAACCAGUGGUCACACCAAAACACCUGCUACGGAUGAGCUGAAUAUCCGACCUGGAGAGGUGUUUCUGCUUCUCAGUCGGCUCAACGAUGACUGGGUGUGGGGAAGGUCGCAAAGAACGGGAGAAAGUGGGAUCAUACCCAUUGUCAUUAUGGAGGAUGUGACGGAGGAAGACCCCAACCUGGGCAAGCCGUGGUUUUACAGCACCAUCUCCAGAGAGGGUGCAGUCGAGCUGGUGGAGAGCAGUGAUGUUGGCAACUUUAUAGUGCGCCUGUCAGGUGGUGUAGGGGGUGGUGCUGACGAGGUCCGCUACUCAAUGGCCGUGAGGACUCAUGACAGAGUGCAGAGGUUCCUCAUCACACGAUACAUCACUGGCUACUACGUGUUUGGUGGGAGGCCAUACAACUCACUCGAGGACAUAAUAGAGCGUUAUCGUAAAGAGGUUAUCCUGGAUGGACUGAAGCUUGGAUCCCCUGUGCUCAUGGAGGCAGUGCCGAGUCAGCAGCUGCAGCCGAGAGGACCCCCUGUGAUGCCUCGCAAGAGGUCCAACAGCAAGUGUAUCACACACGACACCACCAUGCCCGGGGAUAGGGCAGAGGUUCUUCAGCUCAGGAAAGGCAAAAAGUGCCCAGUGUAUGGCAAGUGGAGAGAACUGUACGUGGUGGUCAAGUACCAUGAGCAGAAGUUGAUAUUCUAUGAGAAUGAAAAUAGCCAUCGUGCAAAGGGCCUCCUCGACUUGAAACAGUGCAGGGUCUACGCCGUUCACCCCAGUCUCUAUGGCAGAUUGGAUUGUUUUGUGGUGAUGCUCAAGUUUAUGAAUGAGCUUUCUUUCCACUACCUGGCUGCUAGUAGCCCAGAGAACGCAAAGGAGUGGGUGCAGCUGCUACGCCAGUGCACGUCCCAGGGGGUGCGCCCGGAACUGAUGGAGAUACAACAGAAUCGCUCCCUCUCACUCAUCAUCAAAGAAUGUCGAAUCAUUGCUAAGGGGUGCUCACAGGUGUUUGCGCUGGUGUAUAUUGAUGGGGUGUGUCUAGGGAGGACCAGGGUCAUGCCAGAAUCACCCUACAUCUUUGAUGAGACAUUCACUUUUGAGGACCUCCCACAGUAUGCAGAGACCUUCUCGUGUGAUGUCCAUUCGAGCAGAUCCAAGAGACUGGGCAGUAUAGUGGGCAGGGAGAACUGUUUAGGGCGUAUCCAUGUGCACAUGUCGGACCUCCCCAAUGGCCAGGCUGACGACCGGUGGCACCAACUAAUGGGCGGGGCCAAGACACCCAAGGGGAGCGUUCGAUUGGUCGCUAACUUCAAGGACCUCGUGAUUCUGCCACUGGAGGAGUACAACAAUUUGAAAGAGUUGAUCUUGUCACCUGACCUCAAGAUGAUUGAGCUCCUGGCGGUGGUAUGUAAGGAGCACCACGCUGAGCUGGCCUCCACCAUCGUGCAGAUACUCUGCAGCUAUGAUCAGGUCGUGCCCGUCAUAUCAGCCUGUCUCGCCAAGUCCAUCGAGAAGGAGGAGAACAUGGGCACCCUGUUCCGGGCCAGCACUCUCUCCACCAUGCUCAUGGAUCAGUUCAUGAAGCUCACUGCAAGCUCGUACCUGCGCUCCAUUCUCAAGGGGCCCAUCCAGCAGAUUAUUGAGUGCCCGCAGUCCUGUGAGAUCAACCCCAGCUUCCUGGCCAAGGGGGAUGACGUGUCUACCAACCUGGCCAGACUAGAGGGUCACCUGCAACACGUCAUCUCUGUUAUAUUCAAGUCUGUCGACUCCUGUCCUCCGACUCUGAGGUUCAUCUGUCGUAGUCUCCAGGAGCAGGUGGUAGCAAAAUGGCCGUUAGACGACAGUGUUCGUAUCCGAGCAGUGAGUGGGUUCCUCUUCCUCCGGUUCGUGUGCCCCGCCCUCCUCAAGCCGCAGCUCUUUGAUCUUAUCAGUGAGAACCCCAGCCCUAAGGCAGAUCGUGCUCUGAAGCUGGUGACAAAAGGAGUGCAGAACUUGGCCAAUCUUGUGGAGUUUAAGAAGAAGGAGGACUUUACAAUGUCUCUCAAUCCUUUCAUACUCAAAAACAGCGACCACAUGAGGAAGUUCGUGGAUGACUUGGCGAGCUACAGUCAGCAACCUCCCUCCAUAGCACUAGACACUGCCAACCCCAGGAGAGACCUGGCCACCAUUCACAACCUCUGCUCCACCUAUGAGAAGAGUCUCUCUGCCUUGCUCAAGACAGAGCCUGAUGCCAAGAAGCUUUUAGGAGUCAUGCAAACUUUGAGGGUGACGGAAAAGAAGUACACCAAUAAAGCUGCAGCUACAUAGCCACCGGACAUGUCAAUUACAUCAUCUGUUUGUUUGUGUGUUAUUUUCAAUGGUUAGUUUCUGAUCAGACUUUGUCAGUCUCCUAUAAUUAUUAUAUUGUAGAGCAACUCUCUGAGUUGUUUGAUUUGUACUUGUACACUAAGUGUCACUGGUAUUGCAUUUUGUUUUAUUGUACAA